AUCAGAAAACAAAUUAAAAGGUAGUAAGUAAAACUGCCCAAGCAGCAAAUUUAUUAGUAUUGCACUAGUCAAAAUUUAACACGAUGUUUUUACAGAAAGCCAGUAUUUGAACAAUCAACUGAAAAAAAAAAGUUUUAAAAUACAAAGAAAACCUUCCAUUAUUCAAAUUGUAUUUUGUAAUUUCUAAGUUGGUGUUACAUCAAAACGCUUUCAAAAAGAACAUCCUAACUGUUAACACAUAGGAAUUUGUUCAUUCUCUCAGUGGAGAGUACAGUUGGCAUUUUUAGUCAACUUUGGAAGUGCAGUAAUCCUGCAAACAUUUAAACUCCCAUUUCAUAAACUUGAGUCUUCCUUUAUUUAUGAUAGUUACACCCAAUAUAAAUGAAAAUCAGUCAUUAACACCAAAGGAAAAAGACAAAGCUAUUGUUCAACCAAGAUGUAAUAAUAAAUCCAUUCUAAGGUAUCAACUGAUAUAACUACAUGGUGAACCCAACAGGUAUUUGGGGGUUCCUUUUCUGCUCUCCCUGAAUGUUUGACAACCAAAACAAACACCAAGAAUUUCAUUACUACCAUAGACAGAAUCACUCUAAUGUAAAGUUUACUUAUAUAGUCUUUCUGCAAACAUUAAAAUGUCCUAAUGUAAAGUAAUGAAAUGCUACUAUUAAGGCAAAAAUUAAAUGUUAAAUUUCACUUAAAACCAAAGUGAUUAUUGAAUAAAGUUUACAAAUCUAUUUAGUUAUCACAUUUAUUCUAAAGUACAGUUUUCUCAAUUGAAUAUCAUAUACUUAGUGAGACCAUUUCAUCAAUUUUUUUGCCAGCUUUUUAAGUUCCAAAUAAAAUAAUUUGUUUAACAUGGCUCAACAUAAAUGUUUUCACCUUUUUCAGACUAAAACUAUUCCCAAGAAAAUUAUUUUAGGACUACAUAUUUCCAUGAACAUUACCUAGUCCUCAUAGCAUAAAAAACACUUGUUCAUAUCUUGUUUUGGAAAUAGGCAGGGUACAAAAAGAAGUGAAUUCUUAACUCCCUUUCCCAUCCAAACUAAAGAGUGUGCCCUUAUUCUGCUUAGAUGAGAUAGAUUUCACUUAAAUUAGCUAAUACAUGAAUUAUAAUUCCAUUUGAUUAAUCAUUUUAUUCUGAAAUAAGAUUGUUUGAAAUUUUAAAGCCAACAAGUAAAAUCAACAACCUGAAUUGUAUGAGUCAGUACCUACCAAAGACAAUUUUAUAAGGUAUUAAGCCAAUAAGCAAACUUUAAAAACAUUAUAAGGAAAUAUAUAUGUAUGUGUAUAUACACAAAUAUAUGUAUGUAAAAUAGUUCAUGAUUUUAUUUUCCUUCCCUGUUACUGAAGAAAGAGUUUGUAAUAUUUAUCAAAUAGAAGUCAGGUUAGCUGCCUCCUGUCCUAACUCUGAAGAGAAAUAUACGCAAAAAGUAACAUUAAAGACACAGUUCUUUGGACACUUGCAUUUGAAACUAAAAGAUACUUGUGCAAGAUGCAAACACAAACCCAAAAUGAACAUAAAGAUCAUGGUGCCCUAGGACAGUGGAAAGAUGUGCUCUGUGCUUUUCCAUCCGUACAUAUCCUAGGUAAAGUACACAAAGAGUAUGAGUCCACAGCUACUCACUAUAUCAGCACAUCUAGCCAACCAAACUGCUGAGGAAGAGUUACUGCCUCUCUCAAUUUCAUUCACCAUUGCAAACCUUUGCUUUCAUUUGCUGCCAUCCAAAGUCUAUUCCUAAAUAUCACAAAAGCAUAAGCAAAGAUAUCAUUUUACAAAGAACUAGCUAACUACUUAAAGCUUGAGAAAUGACUAAAUGUAGAUUUGUGUCGAAAAUGUUUCACUCCAUGCUUUGUAGCUUUAAGACUGCUUUAGGACCUUGGGUUCAAUUAAUUAAAAACAGAUGAGAUUCCCUUCUCCAGGUGAACCAGUCCGCUGAGCUCCGACAUGGACAAGGCUGCCAAGUCCGCUCCCGCCCCGAAGAAGGGCUCCAGUGCACAGAAGAAGGACAGCAAGAAGCGCAAGCGCAGCCGCCAGGAGAACUACUCGGUGUACGUGUACAAGGUGCUCAAGGGGAGGCACCCCAACACCGGCAUCUCGUCCAAGGCCAUGGGCAUCAUGAACCCCUUCCUCAAAGACAUGUUCGAGCACAUCGCGGGCGAGGCGUCGCGCCUGGGGCGUCAGCACGGGCAUUUGACUAUCACGAUCCAUGAUAUCCGGUCGGCCGUGCGCCUGGUCCUGCCACAAAAGUUGGCCGAGAAGGCCUUGCAAGAGGGCAUGGAGGCCGUCACCAAGUACAACUCCCAGUGAAGCCCAAGUACGACAACUCCCAGUGAGGCGCUCAGCCCCUGUCACAUCCAAAGGCUCUUUUCAGAGCCACAAAAAGAAAAAAA